GGCGCUGCCAAGUCGGGUAUCAAAAUAUAAUUUGUGUAACGUAACCUAUGCAGCUAAAAUCCACUGCCAUGGCGCCUUAGAGGAUUGGAGGGAGACACGGUUUCAUGCUCGGUAGGUGACCGGAGUCAGUCUACUUUACGCCGUUGAGCCGAGACGCUGCGCCCCGACACACAAACGGCUGUGUGGACGCUGCUACAAUGAGCUCGGAGCAGCAGAGCGCGAGCGAGGACGCCGACGAGUCGCAGGACAGGCCCAACGGUGGUAGCGUCUCCGACAAAGAGGAAGACCCUGACAUCGACGAGUCGGAGGAGGAAGAUGACAUCGCUCGGGGGGUUACACCCUCGAUGCCCGGGAGCAGCGGAGACCGGCCGGAGCGCAGCUCAAGGUCCCCGGCGUCGGAGGACCGGGAGCCCCGUGGCGAACCGACCGCCGCGCCGCAGACAGGGAGCGGCGGGGUCUCCGGCACCGACACAGACAGCGGCAGCGGCAGGGGGAAUAGUCUGUUUUCCUGGCUGCAGAGCAGGACUAUUAGACGAGGGGUGUUUGUAGACCCAGCUAGGGAUAACUUCAGGACAAUGACCAGUUUGUACUGCUCCAUGAAUCCGGCUGUGGAGUCUGUCAACCUGAGCACACAGACCCACGGUGCGGUGUUCAACCUGGAGUACUCCCCGGACGGGUCUGUGCUGACUGUGGCCUGCGAGCAGACUGAAGUCCUGCUGUUUGAUCCCAUCUCAUCCAGACACAUCAAAACCCUGACGGAGGCCCACGAGGACUGCGUCAACAACAUAAGGUUUCUGGACAAUCGUUUGUUUGCCACCUGCUCUGACGACACCACAAUUGCAUUAUGGGAUCUCCGUAAGCUGAACUCAAAGGUUUGCUCCUUGCAUGGCCACGCUAGCUGGGUGAAAAACAUCGAGUACGACACCAACACUCGUCUCCUCGUCACGUCUGGCUUCGACGGCAACGUCAUCACAUGGGACACUAACAGGUUUACGGAGGAUGGCUGCCCGCACAAAAAGUUCUUCCACACUCGCUACCUGAUGAGGAUGCGUCUGACGCCCGACUGUUCCAAGAUGCUCAUCUCCACUUCCUCAGGGUACCUGCUCAUCCUGCACGACCUGGACCUCACGCAGUCCCUCGAGGUGGGGAGCUACCGCAUGCUGCGAGCGCGACGGACUCCCCUCAGCUCAGAUGGAGGCACAUCAGCGUCCAGGUCAGCUGGAACUCCUCGCCAGGGAAACGACUCCAGUAAGAUCCACCCUCACAGAGAAGGUCUUUCUCCCCGGAACAGUCUGGAGGUUUUGACUCCAGAGAUCCCCGGAGAGAGGGACCGAGGGAACUGCAUCACCUCCCUGCAGCUCCAUCCGAAAGGCUGGGCCACGCUCAUCCGCUGCUCCAGCAACAUGGACGACCAGGAGUGGACGUGCGUGUAUGAGUUCCAGGAGGGAGCGCCCACUCGCCCGCUCGUCUCCCCCCGCUGCUCCCUCCGCCUCACCCACUACAUCGAGGAGGCCAACGUGGGGCGGGGCUACAUCAAGGAGCUGUGUUUCAGCCCGGACGGACGGCUCAUCUGCUCACCGUACGGCUACGGCGUCCGCCUGCUGGCCUUCGACGAGAGCUGCGGCGAGCUGGCCGACUGCCUGCCCGUCCAGACCAGCUGCCUCAGGGAGAUCCGCUCCAUCUACUCGCACAGCGACGUGGUGCUCACCACCAAGUUCUCCCCAACACACUGCCAGCUGGCCUCCGGCUGCCUCAGCGGACGCGUGGCCCUUUACCAGCCCAAGUUUUAGCAUCCAGCGCUGUGAAAGAACGGCGCGGCGCAGACCUGGGUAGAGAAGUCCUGAUCGGGAUUCCUGCUCACACCUGGAAAGUCUGGAAAGAGAUUGAAGAAGCAGUUAGUGUUUUCCAGGUUUGAUAACUUUGAAAGUUGCACAAAAAAAUCAGUCAAAAUAUUGCACUGCCUCAAUAUAUUGUUUGUACAACUAAAUAUUUUCUAUGAUUUUAGACCCUUGUCAUUUAAUAUAUGCAGAUAUUUGUUGUGCAGAACUAGUAUUUAUCCACAGAGUGAUAUGAACUCUUUAUGAAUUAUAUCAAAACCAUCAGAGGAAAAUCUUUUUUAAAUUCUCAAAAUGUAGGAACCCUUAAUAACAUUUCCCAGCAUUUGUUCUAAAGUGCUCAGAGGACCAGAUGGGUGGGAUUUAUGCAUGCAGAUAUUUCAAAUAGUGUGACACAUGAUCUAAAUGUCAGUAUUCUUGGAGGCUUUUAAGAUGACUUUAAUAUACUUAUUUUAAUAUUUUUCUGAACCCUCAGCCAGACUGUAGGUAAUGAAAACCCCAUCCAUCUGGCACCUAACGGGGAGAAAGUAAACCUAAAAUAACAACAAUAUUUGAAGCACUUCUAGACCCAGGUCUGCAGCUGUGAAGCAGACUCCAGUUUGUUUGGAGGAAAGAAAAGAAAAAGAAAAGACUUCAGCUGUGGCCUCCUGACCGGGCUGCAGCAGUGGAUGGAAACAUUCAGCCUGUCUGACCCUAAACACAAAAAAGAGACUUUGAGGCAACAAAAGAUAAAAAAAAAAAAGGGGCAGUUUGGUUUUUGCAAACUAGACUUCCAUCCAGACUGAGGAGAGAGCUCUUGAUCGUCGAAUCAAGAGAUGCAACAGGCAAACUCUGCAGGUCGUCUCUGGCUCUUUUUCAUACUAAAGAUUAAUUUUGGUCUCUAUAGCAGUAGAAAACUCUGACCUGUUUGGAGAGACUCGGCACAUCCAGAUGUUGCUGUCUUGGGACAGGAAAAAAAAACAAAACAAAAAAAACAACA